AUGCUGCUCCUUCACCAAACCGGCGCCGUCAGGAUCGGCGAGGUGGUCCGUUACACCGUGACUUACACGCCCUCCGCCGACCAUAUCCUCCCGUCCCCCGAGUUCCUAUAUCUGCGUAUCAAGAACACCUGCGCCAUUGCUCUUCGCGCCGCCUUUGUCCACGGACCCUACACCCUCGGAGUCGCCGCAUACCCGUCAACCUUCAAACCCUUCGAAAAGUUCGACAACCCCCGUCGUUAUGGCGUUCCGGAAUUCGAACCUAUGCUCAAGGCCGGCGCUGUGUGGAACUGUCACCUGGUCGUGCCCGACAACAUCCGUCAGAGUGCUGGCGAGGGCAGCAGCAAACAUGGACAUUUUGGAAGUGGACCCGAGCAUGAUGGGGAUACUGUGACAUGGGUGGUCGAGGUUUCCUCUCAGGUUGUCUUUUCGGCCUCGGCGUCGGUCAACUAUGAGAUCCUGCUUGCGCGCGAUGAGAAGUCGCUAAAUCUCGGCUCUGUGGUGCCUGUUAUUGGAAACCAUGCGCAGGUUGCCCAACCAGGCCGGGUAAGCGACUUUCAACAGAGUUCGGGCUCGUCCAAGCACCACCCGGCUCAACCGAAGGGUGUUUUCUCCAAAGCCAUACACCUCAAGGUGGAGGACACCGCAGCUCUUUGGAACACUCCACAAAUACCAGGCUGGGAUGAUAAUGGAUGGCUCCGGGCUAGGGAGGCUGAGGAUCCCCCCGCUCCGGUUCGACCCGGCACGGAAAAUGUUAACUGUGACGAGGCAAGGCGGCAGCCGAAGCAAAAACAAAAGAAAGUCCAUCUCGUUGUGCUCACUCACGGGUUGCACAGCAAUCUCGGUGGUGAUAUGCUGUUUCUCAAGGAGAGCAUAGAUGCGACCGUGAAACAAGCAAGGAUUGAUGCGAAGGCGCGCAGAGCAAGGGUGCGAGCAGCAAGAAAGAGUGCGCGCGCAGGAACAGAUUCAUCUGUUGAUACUUCCGAAAACAGCAGCCAAAAUCCUACUCCAACUCCUGACCAGGGAGUGCAAACCAGCGGGGAUGCUUCUGACCAACAAGGAGAUUCUGACGGGAAAGAAGACCUCACUGAUGAUGAAGACGACGAAGAGGAGGACGUCGUUGUGCGCGGCUUCUCGGGAAAUGCGGCGAAAACGGAAAAAGGCAUCAAAUGGCUGGGCAAGCGGCUUGCUAGGUACAUUUUGUCCAUGACCUACCCCGAUCAGCCAUGCUUGCCCACCGCCAAAGCAGCUUCGGAUGCCAUCACGCACUCGCUCAAGACAGGCGCACAGAAAAAAGCCAUCGAGGAGGCCCAUAAGCAUAGCUCCGUCCACCAGGCGACGUCUCCGGGGGGCAAGCGACUGUACAAGUUCACCAAAAUCAGCUUCAUUGCCCAUUCACUUGGCGGCCUGGUGCAAACGUACGCCGUUGCGUACAUCCAAAAGCACUCGCCGCAAUUUUUUGACCUAAUUGAACCCGUCAACUUCAUUGCUUUGGCAUCGCCAUUUUUGGGACUCAACCAUGAAAAUCCGCUCUACGUUAAGUUUGCGCUGGAUUUUGGUCUGGUAGGGAGGACAGGCCAGGACCUUGGGUUGACAUGGAGAGCGCCAACUAUCGCACGGAACGGCUGGGGCGCACUCAUGGGGAAUCUCGGGGAGCAUGCCCACAAGCGUGUGUAUGGGGAGCAUCAGGCCGAGUCUAAGCCGCUGCUCCGGAUUCUGCCCACCGGUCCGGCCCACAAGGCACUUAAGAAGUUUAGGAACAGAACAGUGUACUCCAACGUGGUUAAUGACGGCAUCGUACCACUUCGGACAAGCUGUCUUCUCUUUCUUGACUGGCAGGGACUUGGCCGGGUCGAAAAGGCCCGGCGAGAGGCAGGUCUGGUGGAAACCGUCGUCGGGUUUGGCUGGGCUGAGCUGACAGGAGCCAAUGUCACGACUCCCAGGCUCGCACCUUGGUCGCCAGUCGAGCCUGAAGACAAAGACGAGUCUGGUGGCACGGGCAAGACAACCCCUACCGGCCUCGGUGACUCUCACCAGGUACCCCAACCACCGACCAACGCGAUGCUAGAAGACGAUCGGCAGAGUCUUAGGUCGAUUACUAGCCCGUACCGAGAAUCGCCCUCGGAAUUCCAGCAUCUCCAAAACUCAAGCACGACCACAUCGAAUCCCCUUUCCGGCCUUUUCAACUUCUUCCGUAGCGAAACGCCCAAACCUGUGCCCCCGGCGUCUCCCAAAGUAACCAAGAUCUACCAACGGAGCCAAACGCUGAAGCCAGAGCAGUGGUCUGCUUUAGACUCCGCCGCCACGUCCAGCUCUCGAGUGACGAGCGGGAGUGAGCUCACUGAUGAGCAAGAGAACAUGUCAGCGCCUCCAAGGACGACCAUCUUCGAGUCCGCCGGCGACCUACUUAACCCCAAGUUGCCCCCGAUGGAAUUCAUAAUCGACCCAUCCAAACGCCCCCGGACAAUCUUUCAUGACCGCGUUUAUCAUCCGACUGACAUCCCUCCGCCACCCAUCAAGGAGCGCUCUUCCAGCCCAUUGACUCUACGGCGACGGACGCCCACAGCAAACUCGUGUAAAACCAGUCAAAGCGAUACCUCCUCGCCACUUGCCAAACCAAUCGAAGAUAAACACACCGCCGUCUCUCAACAAUCCCAGAAGCCUCAAUUGCCCCAAACACCUAAGCAAACCACCAUCUCAGUCAACAGCGAACCCCUGACAACUCAGCUCUCCUCCCCUAACACGCCACCCGGGGCCACCACGGACGAUGUCAUCGAGCUCGAGAUUGACAGCUCGCAGAUGCGCGUCGAGGAGAAGAUCGCGCGCGCCUACCACCGCGGCCUGUCCUGGCGCAAGGUUCUCGUCAAGCUGGAGCCCGACGCGCACAACAACAUUGUCGUGCGCCGCACCUUUGCCAACGCCUUCGGCUGGCCCGUCAUCCAGCACCUAGUCGACGCCCACUUCUCCGACGCCGCCACCGCCCGCUGCCCCGACGAGGAUGAGCCCAACGCCGAGCGCGCCAAGGGGGUCGGCCUCGCGCCCAGCACGGACGGCCGCGAGACGAAAGAGACCGCGCAGGGCGCCAAUGCCCGCGGGGAGGGCGUCAGAAUCCGCGAGGGCGGUGCGGGCGUAGCGGCGAAAAGAGAAGAGGACGACGACGGACACGGCGAAGAGGGCGACACGGUGCCGGAGCUGCCGCGGAGCCCGAAACCGUCUCCGUCGCUGCCGUCCAGUGCCGCCGCCAACAGCAAUGCGCUGGGCGUGUUCGCGUCGCCGUCGUCGUCGUUUGAUAGCACGACGCAGGCGGGUGGGGGUGGCGGUGGUCGCACGCCAACUACCCCGCGCCCGCCGUUGGAUCGGCUGGAUUCGAUGACGAUGGAGCGAGCGUGA